UGUGAAGUCACUUGAGUUUUGAGUCAAAGGACAGCAGCGCUGUUCACUGAACUAGUGUUUGCGUACUUAAUUCCUAACAGUUCUUAUCGUGUCGUUAUGCUCUCUUGGAUUCAUUGUAUUCCAAGACAAUCUCUGCAAUUUCCGCGUUGUAUAUUGGGUAUCUUAAUAUUAUUCCCUCAGUCUAACUGACAGCUCUUCAUCAGGUAGCGCGCGAUAAACCUAAUGUAAACAAACUUCGAUCGGCAGUCGCAGGUUACUCGUAUUUUCGUCCACGAAACCCCCAGGAAUCGGCGACACUGGCUGUCAGGGGCGUGUAAAGUGUCUCGUGGUCAGUGGGAGAUGACACAGGCUCUACACUGAGUUAGAUCCGUGUGUUCGAGUGUCGGGAGCGGGUCUGAUUCGUCUCCGGGGCCUCAUAUCUGUGGAUGAGGAAGUGAACGGACCGAGCUCACCCAGGAGAAAGGAUCCCAUUUGAUGGGAGAAUCCUCUUUCCUUCCCUCCUGGGUGAAUCGGUGAUCUGUCAAAAUGGAUGAGCAGGAGGCGCUGAACUCCAUCAUGCAGGAUCUGGUGGUGCUGCAUCGAUCCAGUCGACCAUCUGGUCUGUGUGACCUGAACAAACCCAAGGCCUCCUCACCCAAGAACCAGAAUGACGUGAGGGUGAAGUUCGAGUUCAGAGGAGAGAAGAGGAUCCUACAGUUCCCACGGCCCGUCAGUCUGGAAGAUCUGAGCGCCAAAGCUAAAGUAGCAUUUGGCCAGAGCAUGGACCUGCAUUACACCAAUAAUGAGCUUGUGAUUCCGUUGAGCACUCAGGAUGAUCUGGAUAAAGCCGUAGAGCUGCUGGAUCGCUCUGUGCACAUGAAGAGCUUGAAAAUUCUGCUGGUACUGCCCUCCUGCACUCAGAUCUCCAGUAAGGAUCUGUCUGCUCAUGAUAACCUGGACAACACCAACUUUAGGACUGCGGAUAAGAAGAGUAUGCUGGCACUCAUAGGUUCUCAGUCAACCGAUCGCAGUUCUCCUCCUCCAGGUUAUAUUCCGGACGCUCUGCAGCAGAUGGCCAGAAACGGGUCUUUCACAAGCAUUAACAGUGAGGGUGAAUUCAUACCCGAGAGCAUGGACCAGAUGCUGGACCCUCUGUCUAUGAGCAGCCCUGAGAAUUCAGCAUCAGGCAGCUGUCCAUCCCUAGACAGUCCACUUGAUAGCGACACCUAUCCCAAAUCCCGUAUGCCUCGAGCCUUGAGCUACCCGGAUAACCAUCAGGAAUUCCCAGAGUAUGACAUCCCAGUGUUUGAAAAAACAGGAAAGGGCGGAACCUAUCCGAGGCGGUAUCACAUCUCGUUCGGUCCGCAGGACUACAGCGAUGGACGGAAGACGUUCCCCAGGGCGCGGCGAACACAGGCUCACGGUUUCCGCUCUCCGGUGAACUUCAGCCCGACAGAGCAGCAGAGUCCCAGCACCAGCAGCGGGAGCAGCAUCUUCACACCUGAGCUGGAGGAACCGGGACACCGGCGGCGCGGCAGUGACAUAGAGGCCAGCUCCAAUCCCACUCUCUCAGUGAUGGACAUCAGCCCUCCCAGUCGCUCUCCUCGGGCUCCAACCAAUUGGCGUCUGGGGAAACUUCUGGGUCAGGGUGCGUUCGGACGAGUCUUCCUCUGCUAUGAUGCCGACACUGGCCGAGAGCUGGCGGUUAAACAGGUGCAGUUUGACCCCGACAGCCCAGAGACCAGCAAGGAAGUGAGCGCUCUGGAAUGUGAGAUUCAGCUUCUGAAGAAUCUCUUUCACGAGCGGAUCGUCCAGUACUACGGCUGCUUACGGGACACGCAUGAAAGGACGCUCUCCAUCUUCAUGGAGUACAUGCCCGGGGGUUCAAUUAAAGACCAAUUAAAGUCGUACGGUGCUCUGACGGAAAACGUCACACGUAAAUACACGCGGCAGAUACUGGAAGGUGUGUGCUACCUGCACAGCAACAUGAUCGUCCACAGAGACAUCAAAGGUGCCAAUAUCCUCCGGGACUCCGCGGGCAAUGUGAAGCUGGGUGACUUUGGUGCCAGUCGACGGCUUCAGACCAUCUGUCUGUCAGGAACGGGCAUCAAGUCGGUGACGGGCACACCCUACUGGAUGAGCCCCGAGGUUAUCAGCGGCGAGGGAUACGGCAGGAAAGCUGAUAUCUGGAGCAUCGGCUGCACCGUGGUGGAGAUGCUGACCCAGCGGCCGCCCUGGGCGGAGUACGAAGCCAUGGCGGCCAUUUUUAAAAUCGCCACACAGCCCACCAACCCCACUUUGCCACCCCACGUGUCGGACCACGGCCGCGAUUUCCUCAAACGGAUUUUUGUGGAGACGAAGCAGCGUCCCGCUGCCGAGGACCUUUUGCGGCACACUUUCGUCCACUAGCCCCCUCUGACCAAUCAGAGACAUCCGUACGUGUCUGUAGGGUCACCUCCCAGCAGGCACGAGAGCACCUCCCCAGGACCGGUGUGAACGUCACGGCUGAACUGGGGUGGCGAUUUAAAGCAGCUUGAUUGCACCUUAAUUUCACUCGGGGGUGAGUACCCCUAAAGACCAGAACGGAUACCCGUAAAGACUCGUGGGUGUUUGGUUGUAAAGUUUUUAUUUGUUUUAAGUGUUGUAAUAUUCCCCUUGAUUGUGGAGAGAGAGCCUUAGCUCUGGAGAGUCCCGGCGGAUGCACUUGGUUGUUGUAGGAAGAUGUGGGACCUCCGAACGAGGCAGGUACGCUAACACGCUGCUAAAGGGUUAAAGGUGACGGGAUGCGUGGGACUCUCCAGCCCGGCUGUCGUGGCUCCUACAAGUUCUCAUUUUCUUGCACAGUCCUCAUUGUAUACACGCACACACACAUGUACACAUCCGAUGAUCAAAGAUCUCGCUGUAGAAUAUUGACUCGCUAUGUUGUACAAACACAACAUUUGCUGGACUUUCCCCUCAUUUUAUGGUCGCCGCCACAUACCGUACCUUCAACUAUAGAAUCCAUCAGGGUCUGUCACACCUCGCCGGCUGAUUCGUUUCUGUGUGCCUUUUUUAAAAGAGCGUAUCCUUCCUGCAGUUUUUGUAUUCUGUCGUCAGCGUCCAGUCAUUUUUCUUGAACUGUAUCUGACUCGAGUCUUUGUGACUUGUGCAGAAAGGAUGUGUGAACGCUCGGCUCUUCAUACUGUUUCUAGAUCAGCAUUAGCGGCUCCGUUCUGCCUUUCCCCCCUUCGGUCCCUCUUCAGGGUCAGAUUCACCCGUGCAUUCUCUUUGACGCAGUGCCGUAGUCUUCAAUCUGAUCGGGUAGGCAGGUUGAACAAACACACUCACCAAAGCGAAAACAAAACCCCGGACCACACAGGCAGGGUUCAGUGCCUGGACAGUCGUUCAUCGUCUCCAGAAAACCGAUCGAUCGAGAAAGUUGCAAUGACACUCCAAGUGCACUUUUUAGUAACGACAACACAACCCGGAUCGUUUCUGCUGAUAUUUGCCACACUUACACUCGAAUAAGUUUCUUGCUGAUGUCCAUCUGUCCACGUCGCAGUGUUCAUGCCAGUGGCGUAUUUCUGUACGAUUCAGAAUUUCACACAUCGCUUCUCAGCACUUAACGGUUUGCCUAUAAAUGAACCUCGCUAUCCCACGAUGCCUUGGGACAGGACGUUUCAUUCAUUCACACUGUAUGUUUAGCACUUACACGCGCUACGAUACACUCCUGGAUAUCUGAUGUGUCGCGCUCUCGCAUCCCACGCUGUGGUCGCGUUUUCCAGUGGAUUUGUGCUUUUUGUAUUUUGGGGUUUUCUUGAACUGCCAUCUUUAAGUGAAAAGUUACUCACUUCACCCCUUCAGCGAGAAAGAGAGUACGGUACUUUCCGUAUACGUCAACAUAAGAACGCAUGUGUUUACUCGAUUUACGUGAAGAAUGGAAUUAAAUUGAAUCCAAGCCGAUUUCAUAAAUCAUAAAUAGAGGAUAUGCGGUACUAACUUCUCAGCUAGUAUAAUUACACUCCAAAAAAAACGUCUGCGGUUUUGUUUACCGAUGAUGUAAACCCACCUCCAUGUCUACCCGUAUUUUAGAAGGAUUUCAUUGGCGUAGAAUACGACAGACGGACACGUUUAAUGUUUUCUUUGUUGAGCUGUCGUCGUCGCUGUGGCAGUAUUUGAAGGAUUUCUUCAUCACUCCGUACAAUGGGUCUGGACUGUAGAGAUUAGAAAGUGCCCGUUCUUGGAAUCAAACCCACGUUUAUCUUGAUCUAAGGAGCAUUACCCGUUCCGACAGCGUACACGCCACAGGAAGAGAGGAGGCAGGGUGUGUGUGUCAUGUAUGUACUGUUUUCAUGUUUCUUUGCUGAAAUGUUUGCACAUUUUGAGACCAUGGUUUUUACACUGAUUUUAAUACGUUUACCAGUGUUUUGUCAGUCGUUCUGUGCGUGAUGUUCUUGAGCGCGUCUUGAUGAAUGCUGUUUUUGUUCAAGAGGAACUGAGAUGAAACCGUUGCCCUGGAUACCAGCUUUGUUGGUUGUGUUGGUCACAUGCUCACUCGCUGGCAUCCACUGUAAGUUUGUGGGGGAUGUUUUUGGCUACUACUCGGUGGCCAACAGAAACUGACCUGGACCACGGCGGGAUGAUGCUGUUAUGCGAAUCAGGAAACUUCACAUAGGAUUGUAAUGUCAGGAUUGAUGUUUUUCACCACUGGCUGGCAUUCAACUCUUCGCCUGAAUAUGAAUUGACACAGUAAAGUUGUGCAGCUGCAGAAUUCAAAGACGUGAGUAAGUGAAGCCUCUUCCAGUUCCAUCCGAACGGCCCAAAACACGCCACCGCUGCCCCUCCAGGGUCACGAAUGCACUUUGUAUUUGUUUGUGUGAAUGAAUCUGUUGUCUGUUUGUGUUUUUAUGUGCGACGAUUGAUUGAGAAAAUGCCAGCGCACUCUGAAUGCCUUGCGCCUUGUACAACCCAUGAUAGAAAAGUUAAAUAAAAAGACGACGUUUAGAAUUUAGAAGACGGUACACUUAUCUGGUACAGAACUUCUAUCUGUUGUUUGUCCUCUUUGUCUAUCGAAUGAAAAAAGCCAUGUUUAUAAUUCUAUUUGGUUUGUGACCAAUAAGCCUGUUUAUAUCAAAUCUGUAUAUCUGUGGUGCGCAUAUUUUUUUGAUAUAUAUAUUUUUGUUUUUGUUUGUUUUUUUUACUCGAAAUUCUACGCAUGUUUGGCAUCAGAAAGGCCGGUACGGUUCCGACUGAGAUUUGCUGGAUGACAUCAUGAAAUUGUCUAUGACGACUGGCACUUUGUAAAGUGUUGCUAAUAUAAUGAAAAUAAAUAAUAAAAGAUAUUUAUUUCACUUUUCAAGACGUUCUGUUGAUUGUUGGAUCGC